GAGGAAAAGCAAAGCCAAAGGCACUCCACUCCACUCCACCCUAUGCACUGCCGCCCCUGCCCGUCCCAGCUCUCGCUCGUCUUUCUCCUCCUCCUCUCGCUCGCACCCAUCAUUUCGGCACUCCCCUUCCCGGAGCCAGCUCUUCCGAUGGCGUGCAGCGGCCUCCGCCUCUCGCUCCCCGCCGCCGUCCUCGCCCUCCUCCUCCUCCCCUCCGCGCUCGCUUCCGAGCCCCUCAACCCCGAAGUGCAGGCGUUGAUCGCCAUCAGGCAGGGGCUGGUCGACCCGCACGGCGUGCUCAGGAGCUGGGACCAGGACUCGGUCGACCCCUGCAGCUGGGCCAUGAUCACCUGCUCCCCGCAGAACCUCGUCAUCGGCCUGGGAGUGCCGAGCCAGGGCUUGUCGGGGACUCUGUCCGGGAGGAUCGCCAACCUCACCCACCUCGAGCAAGUGCUGCUGCAGAACAACAACAUCACGGGGCGGCUGCCGCCGGAGCUGGGCGCGCUGCCGAGGCUGCAGACGCUGGACCUCUCCAACAACCGCUUCUCCGGCCGCGUGCCCAACACGCUGGGCCGCAUCACCACCCUCCGAUACCUUUACAGGCGCGAGUAUAUAUCUCAUGCUGCUCUCCGUCCUGUCUGCGUGUGCUCUUGCUGCAGGAGGCUGAACAACAACAGCUUGUCCGGGCCGUUCCCCGCGUCGCUGGCCAAGAUCCCGCAGCUCUCCUUCCUGGACCUGUCCUUCAACAACCUCACUGGCCCCGUCCCGCUCUUCCCGACACGGACCUUCAACGUCGUGGGCAACCCGAUGAUAUGUGGGAGCAACGCCGGCGCAGGGGAGUGCGCCGCCGCGCUGCCGCCGGUCACCGUACCCUUCCCGCUGGAAUCCACUCCGGGCGGCAGCAGUGAGCACUCUUCCUUCCUGCCUCUAUGUCUAUCAUUCAUAUCUACGGCCAGUCAGGCAGGCCAGCUCGCGCGCCUAGCAGCUAGUCGCGCUCAAUGCUUUUCGGCCCUUUCUCGGAGUGCGUGGCGUGGCGUGCAUGCAUGCGUCGCUGCUGCCGCUGCUUUUGUGCCCUUGCCUCGCCGGGGUAGCGGUCGAGGGGACACGGUGCUGUCGGCAUGGGGGCGCCGUCGCUCUCGCUUGCGGCCGGGAAUACCUGUAGUAGGCUGUAUGCCUGUAUGUAGCGCUGGUGGCGCGGUCUGGCCUGAACCGUGCAUCUGCUGCUGCUCGCGCCUGGGGAUCAGCGUUUGGCUUUUGUGUGUGUGUGCGCGCGCAGGGACAGGGACAGGGGCGGCGGCAGCGGGCAGGUCAAAGGCUGCUGGCGCGCGGCUGCCGAUCGGCGUAGGGACAAGCCUGGGCGCCUCCUCCCUUGUGCUCUUCGCCGUGUCCUGCUUCCUCUGGCGGCGAAAGCGCCGGCACACGGGGGGGCGGCCCUCCUCCGUUCUCGGCAUCAUCCACGAGCGGGGCGGCUGCGACCUGGAGGACGGCGGCGGCGGUGGCGUGGUGGCGGCGGCGGCGCGGCUGGGGAACGUGCGCCAGUUCGGGCUGCGGGAGCUGCAGGCGGCCACGGACGGGUUCAGCGCCAAGAACAUCCUGGGCAAGGGCGGGUUCGGGAACGUGUACCGCGGCCGCCUCGCCGACGGCACCACGGUGGCCGUGAAGCGGCUCAAGGACCCCAGCGCGUCGGGCGAGGCCCAGUUCCGCACGGAGGUGGAGAUGAUCAGCCUCGCCGUGCACCGCCACCUGCUGCGCCUGGUCGGCUUCUGCGCCGCCUCGGGCGAGCGCCUCCUCGUCUACCCCUACAUGCCCAACGGCAGCGUCGCGUCGCGGCUGCGAGGGAAGCCGGCGCUGGACUGGGCGACGCGGAAGCGGAUCGCGGUGGGCGCCGCGCGCGGGCUGCUGUACCUGCACGAGCAGUGCGACCCCAAGAUCAUCCACCGCGACGUCAAGGCCGCCAACGUGCUGCUGGACGAGCACCACGAGGCCGUCGUGGGCGACCUGGGCCUGGCCAAGCUGCUGGACCACGGCGACUCGCACGUCACCACGGCGGUGCGCGGCACCGUGGGCCACAUCGCGCCCGAGUACCUCUCCACGGGGCAGUCGUCGGAGAAGACGGACGUCUUCGGCUUCGGGAUCCUGCUGCUGGAGCUCGUCACGGGCCAGCGCGCGCUCCAGCUCGGCAAGGCCUCCGGCGCCCUGCACAGCCAGAAGGGCGUCAUGCUGGACUGGGUGAGGAAGGUGCAUCAAGAGAAGAUGCUUGACCUGCUGGUGGACCAGGACCUGGGCCCACACUACGACAGGAUCGAGGUGGCCGAGAUGGUGCAGGUGGCGCUCCUCUGCACGCAGUUCCAGCCGUCGCACCGGCCCAAGAUGUCCGAGGUGGUCCGGAUGCUGGAGGGAGACGGCCUGGCCGAGAAAUGGGAGGCCACGAACCGGCCGGGCGUGGCCGCGGGGGCGCCGUGCCACGACGCGCUCGGCUACGACCACCGCAACGACUCCAACGGCUCCGUCUUCUUCAACGACUUCCACGACAACGACAGCAGCCUCAGCAGCGACGAAGCGCGGUCGAUCGACAUGGUGGAGGAGAUGGAGCUGUCCGGACCAAGGUAGCAAGCAAGCAGCCCUUGCCGCUGGGCGGGAAGAGCCACUCCCUUGAUAUGAUAGCAUCAAAUUCAAAAUUCAGAUGUUCCGAGAGCUUCAAAAAAAAUUACAGGUAGAGAGAGAGAGGUGUCGAGUUAAGAGUUGUUGCGAGUCAGUUUGGAAUUAAAGGUAUUCCUAGGUGCUUUAGGGUCUAGAGUUCAGACCACAGUUGUGUAGUUUCUGGUGGAGCCGUCCUUUUCCCUUUGAAAAAAAGAUGUAAAGAAAAAGGAUGGCUUCUCUUUUGCUUCUUUUCACAGGUUUCUUUUUCUUUUGCUGCUGCUGCUGCUCUCCCUGCUGAUCCAGUGACACAAGCACAUGCAGCACUGCAGUCCUUUGGUAUUCCGGUCCACUGAUCUAGGGUAACCUUUUGCAGCGCAAGGAUGUAUGUAGGGAAUGUGUUGCAAGUAGCGAGGCAUGCAGUCAUUUUGACUGCUUUUGUGACCUGUAAAGGUCACCAGCUGCUCAA